UGAACUCCCACGAAGCUUUCAACCCCGCAACUCCAACUCUCACACAUCAAACAUGACUUCAAGCACUUCCGGAACUCUGGGCAAUCCGCUGAGCGCCAGCUCCUUGGCCCUCUUUAUGGCCAAGAGCUUGCCCACCGAUGCCUCGCCGCAGAUCAAGACGCCCUACGAUGCCAUCACCCUCGCUGCCCAUGCUGCCAUGAUAGCUGUGGGCUUUCGCCUGGUCGGCCUGGGAGAGGACCACAAGAUCGAAGCAAGCUCAGAGGCCGCGGCGCCACAUGCGCUGCCAGCUGAAUGGAACACCUCAUCCUCUUACGCCUUCCGCUAUGCCCACGACCAGUCAUCAAUGGAAUACCUCGUCAAAGUGAACCGCCUAGGCAAAAAAGCCGUCAUCCUCGCCAUCGGCCUCGGCGACGACAAAACCGCCUCUUUCGAAGUCGUCGCGCAAGACUACAUCUCUGAGUCGAACCUGCCGGCGACACCACUGUCCUCGUCCUCCGACUCAGCCGUCGAAGCCGCCACCCAGGCCAUCCAAAACGUCUUCAUCUCCCCCGGCCGCCUCAGCGACCUCGGCUCCCUCUUCAAAAUCAGCGUGAUCCAGAAACUCGCCCCAGGCAUCCGCAAAGAAGGCUACGAGGAGAGCGCCUCGUCGCCCACAGCAGCGGACUAUUCCUCGGGCCGCCGCGGCCAAGCCCCGCCCCGUAUGGGCCCCGACGACAUCCCUCCACACGACCCCCUCCGCGACGACCCUAUCGACCCGCGCCCCGCGCGCCCCCGCCCCUUCGACGACGCCCUCGCGGACCCGCCUCCGCGCCACCCCCUCCCGGCCGGCGACUUCCCUCCGCCCGGCUUCGAGGACGAGCUCGAGGUCCACAGGCCUCCGCGCGGGGGCGCGCCGCUGCGCUCGCCGCUCGCCGGCGGCUACGGCGACGCGGACCUCUAUCCGGCGGGCUUGGGGCCGCGGGACCCGAUGGCGUGGGGAGGAGGCAUCGGUGGCGGCGUCAGGGGCGGUGGCGGCAUGCACCCGACGUUUGACGAUCCGCUGUUUGCGGGCAGCGGGGGAAGGGGGAGAGGCGGCUUGCAGGCUCCGCCCGGCGCGAGGUAUGAUCCUGUUGAUCCCGGGGAUGAGAUGCAAGACUCUCGGGGCGUGCCGAGGUUCCCCGGCGGGGGUAUCGGAGGCGGGUUCGGAGGCGGAAUGGGCGGGAUGCCCCCUAACCCAUUCGGCGGCUUCGGGGGCCGAGAUUUCUUGUAAGCCGACAGGCUUCAACUGUUAAAGUGGAUGGGUAGUGAGAGAGUGGUGAUGGGCUGUUGACGAUGGUUACGACAGUUAUAGCGAUAAUUAGUACUCCUAACUUGAGCAGUGAAUACCGAGAAAGUAUGAACGGCGAGCUGAAACACUUCCACUCAGCCACUCGCUCACUGAUGAUCAGUUAAUCGGUUAGCGAAAAACACAUCAAGUAUAGUAAUAACGACAGACAUUGACAAUGAUAAUGGCGUUUUUGGGGUAGGCUAUACUGGGGAGGGAAAUCGGGAAAUAUAGUACUUUGCAGAUCACGUAUACGAUCGAUUAUGGGAAUGAGUGAUGCUGACUCGGUGGUUAUUUGCUGGCUGCGUCUUGUGUGGGUUUGCUCAUUGGCGUUGCUUUGGGUUUCGUUGUUGGUUGCUUGAUUUCUUUGUUCUUUUUUUUUUUUCUUUUUUUUUUUUUUUUUUUUUU